AAUGUACUGAACUCUUAUUGGCCAGUGCUGCCGUCGCUCGGGCAGUGGCGGGCUCCGGGAUUGGCGGGUGCUAGGCGGGCGGUGUCAGGCUCUCGGUGGCGGCGGAGGCGGCGGAGGCCAAGGAGGAAGAUGUCGUAAUGAGCGAUCCACAGACCAGCAUGGCUGCCACUGCCGCUGUCAGCCCCAGUGACUACCUGCAGCCUGCCGCCUCUACCACCCAGGACUCCCAGCCAUCUCCUUUAGCCCUGCUUGCUGCAACAUGUAGCAAAAUUGGUCCCCCAGCUGUUGAAGCUGCUGUGACCCCUCCUGCUCCCCCGCAGCCCACACCACGGAAACUCGUCCCCAUCAAACCUGCUCCGCUCCCUGUCAGUCUCAGCAAGAAUAGCUUUGGAAUCUUAUCCUCCAAAGGAAACAUACUUCAGAUUCAGGGGUCACAACUGAGCACGUCGUAUCCUGGAGGGCAGCUGGUGUUCGCUAUCCAGAAUCCCACCAUGGUCAGCAAAGGGAGCCGACCCAGUUCCAAUAUCCAGUACCAGACGGUCCCGCAGAUUCAGGCAGGCGGUUCCCAGACCAUCCAGGUGCAGCCCAAUCUCACCAACCAGAUCCAGAUCAUCCCCGGAACCAACCAAGCCAUCAUCACUCCCUCACCGUCCAGCCACAAACCUGUCCCCAUCAAACCAGCCCCCGUCCAGAAAUCAAGUACGACCCCCACGCCCGUGCAGAGUGGCGCCAAUGUGGUGAAGCUGACAGGAGGGGGUGGCAAUGUGACUCUUACUCUGCCCGUCAACAACCUUGUGAACACCAGCGACACCGGAACCACGACUCAGCUGCUUGCCGAAAGUACCCCCACUCCACUAUCCAAGACUAACAAGAAAGCAAGGAAGAAGAGCCUUUCUGCCUCCCAGCCCCCCGUGGCCGUGGCCGAGCAGGUGGAGACGGUGCUGAUCGAGACUACCGCAGACAAUAUCAUUCAAGCAGGAAACAACCUACUUAUUGUUCAGAGCCCUGGUGCAGGCCAGCCGGCUGUGGUCCAGCAGGUCCAAGUGGUGCCCCCCAAAGCCGAGCAGCAGCAGGUGGUGCAGAUCCCCCAGCAGGCCCUGCGGGUGGUCCAGGCAGCAUCUGCCACCCUCCCCACCAUCCCUCAGAAGCCCUCCCAGAACUUUCAGAUCCAGGCAGCUGAGCAGACGCCCACUCAGGUCUACAUCCGCACGCCUUCCGGUGAGGUGCAGACGGUCCUUGUCCAGGACAGCUCCCCAGCAACAGCUGUGGCCACAUCUACCACCACGUGUAGCAGCCCUGCAUCCCGAACGACUCAUGUCAGCGGGACCAGCAAAAAGCAUUCCGCUGCAAUCCUUCGAAAAGAGCGGCCCUUGCCAAAGAUUGCCCCUGCUGGGAGCAUCAUCAGCCUGAAUGCAGCUCAGCUGGCUGCAGCCGCCCAGGCCAUGCAGACCAUCAACAUCAAUGGUGUCCAGGUCCAGGGUGUGCCUGUCACCAUCACCAACACUGGCGGGCAACAGCAGCUGACAGUGCAGAAUGUUUCUGGGAACAACCUGACCAUCAGUGGACUGAGCCCCACCCAGAUCCAGCUGCAGAUGGAGCAGGCCCUGGCUGGGGAGAACCCUCCUGGGGAGAAGCGACGUCGCAUGGCGUGCACGUGCCCCAACUGCAAAGAUGGAGAGAAGAGAUCUGGAGAGCAGGGCAAGAAGAAGCACGUGUGCCAUAUCCCUGACUGUGGGAAGACUUUCCGGAAGACAUCCUUGUUGCGGGCUCAUGUGCGCCUGCACACUGGUGAACGGCCCUUUGUCUGCAACUGGUUCUUCUGUGGAAAGAGGUUCACACGGAGUGACGAGCUCCAGAGGCACGCUCGCACCCACACAGGGGACAAACGCUUCGAGUGCGCCCAGUGUCAGAAGCGCUUCAUGAGGAGUGACCACCUCACCAAGCAUUACAAGACGCACCUGGUCACGAAGAACUUGUAAAGCCGACUGAGGUGGCAGGCCCUGAAGAAGCAGUAACCCAUCCACGUCCUCCCUGGACCCUGGCAGAAAGGAAACCCGUGAUCGCCUGGGCCCACCCACAGCCCUCUCCUGUUCUGCAUCUGUCCUGACAGGAAGGGGCUCUGCUGCCCCCUCUCCUCCUCCUGAAGCCCCCUGGCUCUGCCCAAGCCCCUUCUUCCACCAUGAGCUCCCGGCCUGCCCAGACCAUGGACACGGGCCAUGCUCAAUGAGACGUUCUAAACCAGGACGAGUGGGAACCCUUAUUUCCAAAGGAAAAACGUGAAUUUCACUCCGUCGAGGAGCAAAGUGAGCCCCACCCCUACCCCACACACACUAUAGUGACCCAGAGCCUGGCCAGCCUGAGUCAUAUCGUGCCAUGCCCCACCCCUCUCCUGCUCCUCUCUGGCCCCACCAGACACAGCGGUCACCCCUGGGUCUCACACCCAGGGCUUACCCUGCAUCCUCCUUUGGGGAGGCUCAGGCGGCCGCCCUCACUCCACAUACCCGCCCAGUCCCUGCCACAGCUCUCGUCCAGCACAUUCCAACUUUCUAUUUAAAAGUAAAGAUACCCACAGACUUUUCCCAAUUCCCGUUUUUCUAUGGAGAACGUUGCCUUAUUCUCUACUUCAGAUGAUGAACACUGUGUACUGUGUGUGCUUUCAAGUUUUAUUUAAUUGAUCGCUCCUUUUCUCAUUACUCACCGCCCCCCCAAUAACCCUGCUUUCAUUUGAGGGUUUCAGGGGACAAUGAUGAGCAUAUGCAUUUCUUUUCUCACUAGCAAUUUUAAUUUCUGAACACCACAACACUUCAAUUCAGAUCUGGACUCACAUAAAAAACGCCUUCACAUACUGAACCUCUUUCCCUUUCCACCUCAUCUCUCCCGCCCUCAGCCCAAACUCUACUUGUGUACAGUGUAUAUUGUAUAAUAGACAAUUGUGUCUACUAUAUGUUUAAAAACAUAUUGCUUGUUAUUUUUGAGGCUUUUAAAUUAAACGAAAAACCCAACUUUAUUUUUAGUUGUAACUGCUUGAGGUAUGUUUUCUGAAUUAAGUGACAGAUUUGUUAUCCUUUAUUAACAAUGUACUUUGUUGGUCAGCAGUGAGCUGACAAAAAUUUUUUCUUGCUAAUAAUAAAUUUAGUUGCCUGAGGCAAAAUCU